AUGGCGGCGGCUGUGGCUACUGGGGCAGGCCGUGUGUUGUACCUUGGGCCCAGUGCGCGGGAGGCCCCCAGCGUGGAGGCUUGCUUUGCCGCAGCUGACCUCUCUGGUCAGGAGACAGAGACUGAGAUGGCCAGGGAUCAACUAGCCAGAGGAGCCCAGAGCAUCCCUAAUGACAGCCCUGCCCAUGCUGAGGGCCCAAGUGCGGAAGAGGAUGUCUUUGCUGUGGAGGAGAAGGAAGCUGAUGGGGAACUGUAUGCCUGGGAGCUGGCAGAAGGUCCGCCCAGGGGACAGACUACUGAUCUCUUUAGUGAGGACUGGGACUUGGAGCUGAAAGCAGACCAAGGCAAUUCUUACGAUGCCGAUGACAUCCAGGGGAGCUCUUCUCAAGAGAUUAAACCUUGGGUGUGCUGUGCCCUGCAAGGAGACAUGAUGUAUGACCCUAGCUGGCACCAUCCCCCUCCACUGAUACCACAUUAUUCUAAGAUGGUCUUUGAAACAGGACAGUUUGAUGAUGCCGAAGACUAA